AUGACUCCUUUAAUCAGUUCUGCGUUGAUAGGAACAUCAUUAAUCUUCUCAGAAAAGACUUAUAUUGGCUCCUCGAGAGUACUACUCUUGAUUUUGCGCGGAAUGAAAAGAAAACCUCCUCCUCCAGGAAAACCACCAAUAGUUCCACCUUCUAAAAAAGAUCAGAAGAAAUGGAUGGAUGUAGAAGACGUGAAAGAACUCCUUUGGCGCCGUCAUGCGUAUAAUAAUGCUGUUGUUUCCCUAAGGCGUCUUUAUAAAGAGGAGAUGAAGGCCAAAGAAGCAGAAGGCACGGGGAUUGAAGCACUGAGGAAAAAAGAAGAGAAGGAGUUCAAAAUCUUGUUGAAGAUGAACGAUAAAGCUAACAAGGAGGCGGCAAAGUGGGCAUUUUUGUUUGACAGAUCUGAGUUUGAAUCUAGUUUUGAUAGAGUUAUGAUUUGGGAUUUGUUUGAAUUUUAUCAGUGUUAUAUUAGGCAGCGAGAAGCAAGGGAAAAGGAACAGGCCAUAGAACUUGAAAAACAAAUUCUCGAACACAUCGAGGAGGAGUUAACCGAACAAGCAGAGCUAGCAAAAACAAGGGUUGAAGAAGUUUUAGAAAUGAUAAAAAGAAGUAAAGACUUUGUUACGCGUGAGAACUUGGAUGAGAAACUAAAAGAAGCACUUGAGAAUCCGGUAACUUAUGAUUUUGCUGUGGAUUUACAAGGUCGGAAAAUAUUCAACCCGCUACCAGUAAAGUACCUUGAGGGAAUUCCACCAAGGCAGACCGGUCGCGUUUAUGAUGUUACUUUGAAUAGAAAGGAAGAAGUAGCUAAAUAA